AAGCUGAUAACAGAUGAAACACAGCAGGGGGUGCUUGUGGGGGGAGCGGGAAAGUGUGAGAGUUUGUGGUGGUCAUUCUGUGAGCACGCGGUACGUGGGGUCCAGCGCAGGCUGGUAGGAAAUGUAGGAGCUGCCUUUUCCGUGGAGCUUCAUCUGUGUUUUCUCUUCCGCCUGCAAGGUGUGUGCUUAGGGAUGCAGUUGGCAGUGGUUGAAUUUUCAAGAAAUGUGCUGGGAUGGCAAGAUGCCAAUUCUACAGAGUUUGACCCUAAGACCAAUCAUCCUGUGGUCAUAGACAUGCCAGAACACAAUCCUGGGCAGAUGGGUGGAACCAUGAGGCUGGGCAAGAGGAGAACCCUGUUCCAGACCAAGAACUCGGUCAUGAGGAAACUCUAUGGAGAUCCAGAUUACCUGGAAGAGAGGCACCGCCACAGAUUUGAGGUGAAUCCAGUCCUGAAGAAGUGUCUGGAAGAGCAGGGCCUGAAGUUCGUCGGCCAGGACGUUGGGGGAGAGAGGAUGGAGAUCGUGGAGCUGGAGGAUCAUCCCUUCUUCGUUGGGGUUCAGUACCACCCUGAGUUCCUGUCCAGGCCCAUCAAGCCUUCACCUCCGUACUUUGGCCUCCUGCUGGCCUCCGUGGGGAGGCUCCCGCAUUACCUUCAGAAAGGCUGCAGGCUCUCGCCCAGGGACACCUACAGUGACAGGAGUGGAAGCAGCUCCCCGGACUCUGAAAUCACCGAAUUGAAGUUCCCAUCAAUAAAUCACGACUGAUGGUAACGGGUGAUUCUUCAAGAGCGCCUUCGGACUUUGAGAGUUUACAGUUUUGAUUUUACACUCAACUUUUGACACUUCCUUUAAAUUAUGUUUUUAUUAAGAUUAUUUUAUUAUGGGGGAGAAAGGUAUUUGGAAGACUUUGUGACUCGCAUGUCCCAUCCUGUGUGCCGGCCCCUCCCCAGUGCCGCCCUGUGUCGACACCCCACGUGGUCUCCGCGGCGCUCCGCCGAGGAGGGGGGCCUCUGGGCGGGGGUGGAUGACGCACGCGCCGGGGGGGUGCCCAGCAAUCACCUCGUUUCUCCAACUACCUCCCGUCAUCGUGGAUUCAAGCGUGCAGCCCGUUGCUUCCCCUGGAAUGCCUAGACCACAAGGCGUGUGCCCCGUGGACCGAGGAGGGAUCAGUUAGCGAGUGCCGACGACACUUGGUGCUGGUAACCCGAGGGCAUUGCUUGCCACCAGGAGCGGUGAAACCGGAAGCAGCCUCGGCACUGCUGCUCUGCGGGGCCUCUCGCUGCCCGCGGUGGCGGGGACGCGGCGGCCAAAGGGAACGGUUGGUUUGGUGUCACAUGGAACGGCGAGUAGUCUGUCUCUCUGAAGAGUGGUUUCAGGAUCCCUGUCCUCUGGCCGCGAGUCCCUCCCUGGGGCUGGGAAAUACUCCUUGCAUCAAGGGGUUGCUUAAAAAAAAGAACAAAGAAUCUUUUGGGGAAACUGCCUCUCAGAGCCUCUCCUAUAUAGACAGCUUUGCUCGAGGGGAGUUUGUCCUUCCAGAAUGGUGUUACUGCCAUUGAACUGCAAUUGGAAAAGCUAUUUUCUUAACGUGGUGUAACCGUAGGCACCGCCGCGUGCCCGCUGUCCUCCGGCUAAGACUCCGUGUGUACUCUAAAUUAAAUAAAUGACGCAGAACGAGA